UGUGAUUUGGAUGGUGCUUCAUCUGGCUGUAGGCUAAACUCAGAAUGGGGAGAAAACUAAUUGUGUGUGUGCUGAUGUCUCAGUUGGUGAUCUGUGGACUAAUUCCUCCUGCAAAGUACAAAUGUCGUCAGAUUGUUAACGGUUAUGACUGCAGUGGCCGAAACUUGGAGAGUGUACCAGAUGUUGUUUCCAAUACAACUCAGAACCUGGACUUUAGCUUCAACUACUUACCAAACCUUUACAAAAGCACUUUCAGCAGGCUGAGUGAGCUUCUGUCACUGGACUUGACAAGGUGCCGUAUUGAUCUCAUGUUUGAGGACGUCUUUGUGGCUCAGGCUAAGAUGCAAACACUCAUCCUGACAGGGAAUCCUCUCAUAUUCAUCUCUGUGGAAGCUUUCACUGGCCUAGAGUCUCUGGCGCACCUCAUCAUGCCCCAGACAGCCGUGAGGGACCUGGAGCAUCUCCCCAUCUCUAAGCUGCUGCUGGAGACACUGGACGUCUCGAGCUGUAGCCUCCACACACUGGAGGGUCUCGCUGCCAUUUGCAUGACAAAGAUGAAGUCGCUCAAUCUGGCCAGGAAUCACAUCCCGAGCAUAAGUGCGUCUGACCUGACGGUAUUCAAGGACGCCAGGGAGGACUUGGAGGUCAGCUUUCAGAGCAACGCCAUCUUGAGUAUGGAGCCUGGAGCUUUCAGGUCUCUACGCUUCAGGAGCCUGGACUUCACCGACUGUUUUGCGAGAGUCGAUGUCUCAGUGGUGCUGACGGGCCUCGAAGGUGUGACAACAGAGACGCUCAAAUUAGGAGCCUUUGAGGGCGAACGUAGAUGGGACAUCACAACAGUGAGCCUCCGCUCCCUGUGCAAUAUGACCGUGACCCAUUUGAACCUUCAGAAGCACCGCUGGGCGGACCUCUCAAAUGCCACGUUCGAGUGCAUGGGAGGGCUGAAGGUUCUCGAGAUGACAGAGAUGCACAUUAACAGUUUACCAGACAAGAUAACGACCAUGAGCAAACUGUCAAAGCUGACUCUUGACCGGAAUGCCUUUAAUAACGUGUGCAACAUCAAUGCCCACAACUUCCCCUCGCUGAAGUCGCUGUUUAUGCGUGGCAUGGGGGUGUACGUGACACUACUCAUCUUUCGCGACAACUGUCUGCAGAGUCUGUCCCACCUGGAAUAUCUAGACCUCAGCCACAGUGAAAUGAAAGUGGAGGGGCCGUGUUGCGAGAAGCAGCUUCAAGGCCUGGGUCAUCUUCGUCUCCUGAACCUGAGCUACAACUUUGAAUUGCAGUGGGACACUUUGCCUUUCAACACCACACCAGAACUCAGGCACUUGGACUGCGCCCACGUUCAUGUUAACCUGAACACCAGCGCUCCGUUUUUGAACCUGGUGCAGCUCAAAACCCUGAAUCUCUCCAGGACGUCAGUCAGUGUAACGCAUCCCCGUCUGCUAGAAGGCCUGAAAAGCCUUGUUCGUCUAGAGCUAAGCGGAAACCCUGUCCCAGGAGGAGUGGUGUCGGACCCAAAGACAUUCAAGCACAUUCCUCUCCUAGAAAGCCUAGUUUUGGCACAGUGUCACCUCACAGCUAUUAAAGGGGACCUCUUCCGUACCCUAACGAAGCUUACCUAUGUAGACUUCAGCGCUAACUACUUGACUAAGCUUAGUACUUUCUUCUCACCAGCAGCAGCUAUUCAUCUUAACUUUGCACAUAAUCGAAUUGAGCUGGUGGACAUUGAUUCCAUCAAGGGUCUAGGGCCCAGUUCAGUCGACCUCAGCUACAACCCUCUGGUCUGUAACUGCUCUAAUAUUGAAUUUAUCGACUGGGUGAAGGCCAAUGCUGAUAAACUGAUGCAUUUUGUGGAGACUCUUUGCAAUGCCACAAAUGGACGGGUGAAGCCAUCAGAAGUGGCCUUGAACUGCAACAAUUUUGCUGGAUUGGAAGCAUUUUGUAUAGUUAUUCUGAUCAUUGCAGUGGUGACUGCUGUUGCUGUAAUAGUGAGAAAAAAGUAUAAAAGCCAAAGGUAUGAACGGUACACACAGUUAUAAAAAGCCUACAAACACACAACACAGCUGAUCUAUAAUCACUUAAAGAAACAUGGCAACUUUUUUGGUAGAUUAGCUUAUUUGCCCUCUACCCCAGAGCUUGGUAAGAGGAUACAGACCCUACUCUUCUCUGUACACCCAGUCUGAAACCGGUAGCCUAGAUUAGCAUAAUUCACUGGAUUUCCUUUCCAUGUGAAGUGCUUUGAGUGUUGAGAAAAACACUAUAUAAAUGUAACGUGUUGUUGUUGUAAGCUCAUAGCUUCUUUUUAGUAAUAGGCUAACAGUUAUAGCAGGGGUCUCCAACCUUUUUUCCUCUGAGAGCUAGGCCUACUUUGACAAAAUGGACAUGGCAGAGAGCCUUUUUUUCUCCGAGAGCUACUUUGACAAAAUGGACAUGGCCGAGAGCCUUUUUUCCCUCCAAGAGUUGCUUUGACAAAAUGGACAUGGCCGAGAGCCUUUUUUCCUCCAAGAGUUGCUUUGACAAAAUGGACAUGGCCGAGAGCUUUUAGGUUAUAGUAGCAUGCCAUGUAUUCACAUAGCUGCUCUACACCCAAAACUGCUGAAUAAGAUUUGUAUGCUUUUUAAAAGGUUCCUUUCAACUCAUUUACUUUCUCUUUGUAGACUGUGAAUUUGAUUUCAUGAUUGAUUUGAUCUUGAGCUACUUAGAAACAGGUGGGGAGCUACUGGUCGGGAGUUACCUGUUGGAGACCCUCGCGUUACAGGGAUGGGCAACUUUGAUGAUGGAGAGGGCCACAAAUAUUUCACUGUCAGAGUGCCAGAUGUGACCGUGCACUUCCACUAGGAUAUAGAAUUAAAGCUAUUUUAGAGAAGAACAAAAUAUGUGUAGGUGACAGUGUGUCUGAAAUGUUUAUUAAACCAACAUGUAUUCAUUUAA